AGCAUGGCAAGAAAUAUCGUGGUAGAACGAAGAGGAAUUGUGAUUCCGUAGAACAGGAUCAGGAUCUCAUGAAAACUACCUAGAAAAAUGUUCAUGUUUCGACAACAACGAAAGAUGCGGGGGAACAACACCGUGAACAAUUUUUCCGGCCUGGCAGUGGUAACGCAGCUGCUGCUCUGUUUCUUACUUCACCUGCGUUCUCCUCUCGAAGGGCUGGCGGCAGCGGUGGAGCGUGUUGAAGACCACCGUCAUCAGCAACUACACGGUGGACAAUUGCAUCAAACCACCCUCGAAAUCGUGGCUGACGCCGGUGUUAAAACCUCGACGACGAGCGCUGGACUGGAUAAGGAUUUCAGCCAGCCGGAAGUACUAGAACCAUCCUCUUCACGACCAACACCCGGUCCUCUGCACGGAAAGAGCAGUGCUGCAGUACCUUCUCACAGAACGUCGCACACGAAGAUGACGACGAGGAAAACCAUGAGCAAAAAGCAGGCCGCGGUCGUACCACGGGUCGAUGCGGCCGCUACGCCAGGACAUGAUCAUGAAGAAGAACAACACAAGGGAGCAUCGCAACAUCAAAACGUCGGAGGACGGCAGCAGGCCAGCGACGACGGGCGGCUGCACAACAACCACGAAGUCGGUGACGCUGGAAUGAAACUUAUCGAGCCACUAGCACAUCACGUCGCUGCGGGGGCCCGUGGGCAUCAGCACGAAAAACAACACGCUGCCCAAAGUGCGCCGACGACCAUGCGGCGAGAGAAAACCAAAAGCGAAAGCAAAACUCCUGCGGAUGAAGAAUUACUAGAAAUUUCCACCCGCCCAGUACAUGAGAGUCGUGACAAAGAUGAUGAAGUGCAGGCUCUCGUCCACCAAGCCGAGGUCCCCCGCCUGCAGAAGAACAGCACGGCUGCGAAGGAGAAUUCCACCGGUCUUGAAGGUGUACAAGAUGCGCUGCACGCCCACGGCAGCCGUACGGCGAAGCGGGCACCACAGUUGAUGACGACCGAGAGGGACCGCGUGACGUUGGUCCAGCGGGCGGAGCAGGUCCGACUUAGCUGCCCAGAAUUAAAGCGCCAUUUAAAAAUUCCCGACUUAGCUGCUAGAGAAUUGCUUCUGAUAGGACAGUUAAAUCAAGCGGUGAUCAAGUCAAAUGAUCGACCAGUCGCGACAAAGAUGAUGAAACAUCAAAUGCAGGCUCUCCACCAAGCUGAGGCCCCCCUCCUGCAGAAGAACAGCACCGCUGCGAAGGAGAAACCCGCCGCCGGUCUUACCAAGUGCAAAAAUGUCUGGGUCCGAUGAAAGAAUGCAGUUUGUGAUGCUGGGUUUGGAUUCCAAAAAAAUCUGUAAUUGCAUAAAUUAAUAGCAAAGGGAAUGCAAUUUUUGCUACGCCAACGCUGAGAAGGCAUUUGCCAUGCGGAAUUGACAUCAAGAAGCCCUGAAAAAAUCUGUAUUGCUAGGGUAUGCAUCACAGACGUCAUGGCUCAUGCAAAACGUGCAUGACAGGUGUGAGAACCUUCCAGAGGACCCAGACACUUUUACAGUUGAUAGCUCUUCUUGAAGGUGUACAAGAUGCGCGGCUGCACGCUCCCCACUCCAGUCGUACGGCCAAGCGGGCACCAAAUUUGAUGGCGAGCGAGUAUCCCCUGUGAACAUGUCUGGGUUCGGAAAAGCGCACAGCCACAGCUUUUCAUGCAAGUGUUGCUUGACCGAGAAAAGCUGGAACGCAGUGCCUCGCAGGAGCCAUCGCAGGUUCAUCUACUGUGAGAGCUUUGCUGCAAUGCACACUCGGCAUGAGGAGCAGUAGAAAUGCUCCUGGUCUCGUCUCAGGGAGGCGCAAAAAAGGCCGAGAAGGCCAGGAGCUGUCGUUCUAGCGCCUAGAGGUGGGCCGCCGGCGGCUCCUGCAGCCUGCGACCCAGGUUCUCCUUUCGCCGAGGAUCAAAGCCACCCAGCAAACCGCCGUCGCCAUCAAAGCAGGCGAUGGGCCUCCUUUUGGAGAGGUAAACGGGCCACGCCAUGCAGUCUGGAUAUGAUGUGCACGGUUUUUCUUGGGGUCAAGAAAAUCCGCAGAAAAAAAGGCAAACUUAUCUGAAUUCUGAGUGUGAAAUCGCGCACCACCGAAAAACCGUGCGCAUUGCAUCCAGGCAGCGUGGUAUGAUGGAUGUACACGGUCUGCGAAGUGGUCGGGCCCGGGGACAAGAAUUCUGAACCAUGUCCAUCGACCAUACCGCGCGGUCUAGAUGCGAUGCGCACGGUUUUUUUGGUCCUGUUUUGAAUUUUGUCGCAAGUUUGCCACUUUUGAAACCGUGUACAUGGACCAUAGCAUUGUGGCUAGGUUCCAUGUGCACGGUGUUUGGUCAAUCUGAAAAAUUUGGCCUUGGAGGUAUGCAAAAGGAAGCUUGCGCUUUUCCGGACAUCCGAAAUGUGGAAACUUUCCCAGAUCUUGGGACACAACACAGCCAGACGAACCUGCCGAGAAAUCUGAAGCAGUUCGGCGCCCGCCCAACCAAAAUUCCGUAGCCCCCAUCAAUGUUACCGACUCAAAACACAGCCGUCCGGCUGAGGGUGAAGCGUCCAUGGCAGUGGGCCACCGUCAGGCAUUGGAGGGGGAGCUGCUUUGCGCUGAUGCAAGGGGCCCCAUCUGGAGCCGGGCUUGCAGGUUUGCCUCGUGGAUAUCAUCCACCAAAAUGCAUGGGGCUUGGGCGGCGACCCUGAAAGCACACGCCCAUAGCUAAGUCAGACCAUGGCAGAGCGGCAGUCUCUACAACGCCGGGGAGACGGCUUCACGUGGUGCCAUGAGAAUUUGCAAGGGGGGCGCCAAAAAAUUUUUUUUGGGCAAAAAUGUAAACCGUGUACGUGCUCACUGACUUUUUCUUUCGAUAGAGCUUGGCUGCAAUGCACGCUGGCUCCGCAUGAGGAGCAGUAGAAAUCCUCUCUCAGCGAGAACAAGCGUGCAUUUUUUAGGUUUUGCUGCUCAUGCAGGACAGUUUUAUUUUCUUUUUGUGUGACUGACAGGGAGCAGCGCCACAGGCUUGCACCUUUCCAGGCCCAAUUAAUAUUUGCAAUUCAUAGCGAGCGGAACCGCCUGACGUUGGUCCAGCGGGCGGGCCAGGCCCUCAACGAGAACGGCGAGAGCAAAGCCAAGCAUAAGCAAGGUGCGUCUGCAGACGAGGCGGACAUCACGCCCACGGACGCGGGCAGCGCCACGGCAUCGAGCUACUUUGGGAAUCCCGACGGUAUGGUGGGGGCGAGGGGCAUGUAUGAGAUUUCCGAUGUAUUGGCGAAAGUACAUCGGAAAAAAUAGAUCGCGCGUCGGACAUCUGAGGAGACCGCGACGGCUCCGGUGUACGGUGUGCAACGUAUGAGGCACGACGCGCAACGUAUUGCGCAUUGCAGUCGUACGCUGUACGUGGUCCAGUGUAUGGCGUGCAAUGUAUGACACAUUGCACAUCGAUGCGUCGUAUGUUGCACAUUGGUCCAGUGUAAUGCAUGACACACCAAUGCGCGACGUGUCAUACAUUGCGCAACGUCUGACGUACAUUGUGUGAUACAUUGCGCAUUGAUGUAUCACACAUUGUACAUUGAUCCGACGUCUGAUGUGCAAUGUGUGACACGUUGCACACUGACGCAUCAUACAUUGUUGGUUGUACAUGGAUGCGCUGUACGCCGUACAUUGUGCAUUGAUGUGUCACACAUUGUGCAUUGUCUGGCUGGUCACCGGAACCCCAGCGGGGAAAGGUCAAUAAUCCAACCUGUAGCAGAAACAGACAUGGCCGCAGUAAGCGAUAGGGCCUGUCUCCCUUGGUGUGAAAAAGUCGGGAGCUGUACCACGCACCAGCGCCAACGACGCGCCCAAAAGCGACAGCGUCGCCAAAACCCUGCAGCGAGUCAGCGGGGCCCCAGUGGGAAAAAUCGCCGAGGGCGCAAGCCGCGCAACCACCUCGAUAGCGACAGAGCCGCCUUAGGUGCCUCCGCGCCAAGCUUUGCGCGAUUACUUAAGCAGCGCCGGCGGGUGAAGCAGCUCGCGUGACCGGGUCCGACGUUGGCCCAUGACGCCUGCCCGCGGCAGCCGUCUCUUUGUCUGCCGGACCGGAGUCGAUGCAGGCCCUGCGGGCCCAGCGUCCGUCGUAGUUGCUGCUCACAUCCAUUGCCGCGCCUGCUUUAUUUUUUUCGAGGGAGCGCACCAAGCAGACGCCCGGGCGGGCCGUAGGGAGGCGAGGCCCACCCGUGGACCAAGCAUCGGGUAGCAGUGGCCACGCCCGUCAGCAGACUGACGCACCCCGCGGGCGUGUUGUGGUCGGGCCGGCCUAUUGUUAGCGAACCGAUCGAACGAAGCCGCGGGCCCCAUGUUGAGAAUAGCCCCGCGCAUGCCUCGGGACCGGGGCACAGACACAGCGCAGCCGCGCAGAACUUGGCGGCAGGCUUGGUCCCUCACCCGGGUUCCCAUUGCAGGGAGACCGCGGACGGGCCGCGGGGCGUCCCCCGGUACAGCACUCCGCCCCACGGCCUUGGGGGUGCGCUCGCCCGCAGUACCCCGGGGACAAACACAAGUCCGACCGGCCACGGCGCGCACGCUCUGCAGGCGUAGAGCAGCGCCGGAACGCCGAACACGCGGCAGCCCUUGAUUGUGGCCGAGGAGCAGGGGCGCGCCGUGUCAGCCUGGUCGCGGCCGCUUCGCGGGGCCACACAUCGACCACACGGGCAGGAACCGCGCCCCACAGCAGUCGGUGGAGAGCUGCGCAGAAGCGCGCGUCUGAGGUUGCCGGGGGUGCAGAAGCUUCCUCAGAUGUCCGACGUUCGCCGUAUUUCUUUCGAUGUAUUUUCGCCAAUACGUCGGAAACCCCACGCAUGCCUCUCGCCCCCACCAUAUUGCGCGGAGGGUCUUGGGACAGCCCUGGAAAGUUUAUUGAUAACACACUGAGCGACAAUUUUGGCACGGCCAGCGAUGUGAACAACCGCGGAACCGCGCAGGUGUGUCCGUUAUCAUGUGCAAAAGUAUCGGGCUCGCUCUCGCACUAGUUGCAAACGUGCGUGACAAAUCUUGUUCCAAAGGUAAAACAGCAAUACAGACUGCGCUUGUCAUGCUGAGAAAAUUUGUAAAUGCAAAUCGUACUAGUGCGAUGCUUUUGCACUGCAUAUCUGUGGGUGCAGAUCGAUUUGGGUAAGGCAAUGGCCGUGUCGGAGGUCCGAUACACAUUCAAAACAAGCCACAUUAAUACAAUCCGCAGAAAUUUUUUCGAGACGGUGUUCUGGCGUAGUGCUGCUAUCCAGUACGAAGGUGGUAAGGACACGGCAAUCGGCUCCGACGGUGCGGAGAUCGGUGGUGCGGACAAAGGGUUCCGGGUAGCGGUUUCGUCCAGAGAACGCGUGAACGCCGACACCUGUGAGGUAUGGCGAUGGGUGCACAACUCCCCCUCCCCCUCAGUUGCCACGCAAAUUACCAAAUGCAGCCUUUUUGUCUUUGGCACUUCUCGCGUGUCAGGUUUCGGAAGCCGAAACAGCACCAGAAUCGACCGCAAAUAUGUCAUUGUUAAUUCCACAACGGGAAUUCGGUUUCGUAUCGUGUGUUGACUGUGCUCGUAGAACAACAAAGUAGUUAUAUCGUUAGAUAGGGUCGUAGCUACGUGAAAAGGGUCUAGCUAAUCUCAUGAUGACGUAAAUCAACCGAGGAUUCUUCUGAACUAAUUCUGCCUGUGCUUGGCCCAAGCCCUGUGCUUGUUGCCUUAUCUGCUAGUACAGUGAGCCUUUUUGUUUGAGAGUGCGGCGCACUCUGUCGCUGGUGAUGUUCCUGGUGUUCUCAUGCGAUGCACGAUCCACAGAUACGGAACCAUGUCGGUUUUCUGUUUCAGUGGUAGCGGAGAAAGAGGUUAUGCUUCGCAUCUGAAUCACCAGUGAUGGGAAAUCGCUAGCGACUAGCAAGGGGUAAGCUAGCUAAUCAGUAUUGUGUCAAAGGUUUAUGCUUCCGCGGGACUACGACAUCACGAUCGACAUGCUGCCGCAAUUCCAGUACACGGCGCGGCGAAAAAGACACGUAGCGCCAAGCUCAUCCAGACGCGUACGCUCACAACGAGCAGUAGUCCACAAGUUCCACCUCUCGAGAUGAAGUUCAAGAAUGUGGUGAACUGUCAAGAUUUGACAAGUGAAGAGCUAAAAGCGCAAGUCUCUCCUUGUGUUUCCGGCAAGUGAGCGCCUUCCUUUGGCAAGUGAUCGCCAUCCCCAGACAAGUUUUGUCCCGCCGUUCCAGACAAGUUUCGUCAAGAUUGACACCAUGACGGGACGUUCGACCCCUUCCUCGUCUUUGACGCGUUUUCGUCCGGUGCUGACCAUCGUGCUUCCAGUGCAACUUCCUCGACUACAUCGUCCUGUGACGGGAAGUUUUCUCAGUCGUUUCUUUCAAAUCACAAUCGCCGUCGCAAAUUUGUCGCCUACAAAGUUCUUUUUUAUCGUAAAAAUCGCCUUCGUCUGGAGCGAUGAUCGUGAGGGAAGUAAAAAGCCAGUAAGUAAUUUUGUGCAAAACGGAAAAUUCGAAAGUAAGGAAAACACAUCAACAACGGAAAACAGUCACGGAGUAGUCUAUCGGAUUUGGCCAAGCGGAAGCGGUAAACCCAACCUACCAAGAAGAAGCUUUAGAAGUAACAGCAUGAGCCUAAUCGCACCCAAGCGCCUUCGUGCCUGUGAAGCGAACCUAAGCGGGCUGAUCUCUGCGCUCGACGCCAACGACGGGAAACCAGCUCUCGUUUGUCAACUCGGCGAUCGCUACCUCGUGUGGCGCUACUGCGGCCACUUCGACAAAUCGGGACCGAACGCCCGCGCCGUGCGCUUUCGGUUGAAAACCUGGAUUCCGGAAUCGGACCUGCAGCGGGUGAGCCAUCACCUGUGGGGCGGAAAAACGCUCUGCAUCUGCCGCCCGCUGACCGGUGCUUUUGUGUGCCAGAUCGUGAAGGUGCCCUUCCACCUCGGCCGCUACGUGUCGUCGCUGCUGGAAACGCCGGGGCUGGGGUUGGACCUCGAAGAUCAUUUCGGACAAGAAGGCCCGGUCCUCGAGGAGGGAAAACUAGUACUGUACGAUAGCCGGGAACCGAGCCCGACAACGCAUUACGGUGAUCGCGAAGCGCUCGAAGCGCAGUUUCCUUUUGUCAACGGCCAACCGCCGGCGGGCGUGUACAACUUGAGCCGAUUAUUUCCCGGAUCACUGCUACUCGGCCAUCCGAAACCGUUCGGCACGACGGUAAGCGCGGACAAGGACUACCUGUUCUACUGGAACCAGGAGCAGCAGGCGAGGGUGGCCAACUCGUCUUUCAGCCCGGUGCUGAGUCUGAACAGCCUGACCCUGUACUGGCAGGUGACUGGCUACACGCCGGCGAAUACGGGAGCCAGCGCGUAUUCGGGAACGCAGUACACCGAGGACGGAGUGUGGAACCACACGGGUCUGGCCGGUGAUCCUUUCAUCGGAAACCAGAGAAGCAGUCAACGGAGCGGUCUGCGCUGCUGGGUGUGCGGUGAACACGGCCACCGAGCGGCGGCGUGCCCGGGCGCGAACCAUGAACCCGAGUUCGAGCCCAGUCCGACGCGCGAGCGCUCCCGGGAAGCUAUCAGGUUCUGGUCCAUUGAGGACGCCCGGAAUUGAAUCGAGCGACGAUCAAACUCUACACCAGAACGACCUGACUUCACCAAGUUAUAAACCUUCGCCAACGUUUAACAACUACUCGAAGGAGAUGCCUUCACUUCCAUCCAUCUCCCAAAAUCAAGUAAUUUCAGUAAACAAGAGCGACCGAAAUAGUAUAUCCAGCAGUAAAAGAAGCUACGCGGAACCGGGCGAAAAGAUCCUGUCCGGAGCGACGCAAAAAUUUUUAGAGAACUUUCCGAACAGAGUCGGCAUUCCGACCUGCGUCAGCGACUACCUCAUCCUAAAGGAGCUGCACGCUCAGCGUGAAACUGUAAACAAAGAGCUGAACAAGACCGCCAUCUUACCGGCGGACGCCUAUUCUGUGCCCGUGCAGCAGCUGCCUGAAUUCGAGCGGCAAGACUUCUCGGGCGAGAGCGUGAACUUUACCGAUGCCAGAAGUUUCAAGCUGUUGCCCAAGCCAACCACGAUGCAGCUCAGGACCACCGAUCCACUGUGCGACGUGUUUCUCUCCGUGACCAAAUUCGGUGAGAACCUCGAGGAGGAUUUGGAUUUGGUGUGGACGUUGAGCCAGAAACCAGAUUCCACGGUAAAGCGCAAGUGGCGAGUACUUGGACAAGCGCAGCUUGAUCUUCUACGAAUCCAUCACGACCGACCACCAACGCCAUCGGAGUCGUCGAGCGUUUCUUUCAACGCCGCAUGGUGGCGGUACGGCCAGCAUCCCGGCGGGAAUCCAUCACCCAAGUAAGAAGAAGAAGAUGGAAAGCUGGCGUGCGUGAUCGAAUUCAAUAGUCUGGCUCCGUGACAAUUUUCCCUUUUUUCUGAUUUCUUUCGGAGAUGACUACCCGUGACCUGUGCCAGAGUUUGCUUUUUUGGAAGACAAAGCGCCGUGCCUACAAGCAGCAAGAGUAGCACCCGGUAUGAAGGUCUUAUCGGUCGGUGUCUUUUGUUGUAUGAAGCCUGAAAAGAGUCGCAAAAUCGAAAAACGCAAAACCGUCGUCGCAAAGUCGCAAAGUCCGUCUGUCGUUUGUUUGUGUCGAAGUAAAUCGAAAGCAAAUCGAGCCUCUAGCGCCACAUCAUCGCAUCGCAGCCAACGAAAAUCUAAUAAGCAGAAACGGCUUCAACGGCAUCACGGAAGCGAACAUUUCCGAAAACAAAAACAGGGACUAGUAAGUGCGCGCGCCAGUCACGUGCCAAGAAGGGAACUAGUACCUACCCAACUAGGAGCACUUGCCUCGGCUGUACCCCGUACAAACUUCACUCAAGCAUUCGAAAGAAAAAGCGAGCCCCGCAGUUCAAUUCAUGAAUAACUGCUGUAGUGCCCUCGCGUACAUCAUCCUGUGGAAAGUAAUCGAGCUGAUCGGCCUCCUCUUUGUCGGCGCUUUUCUGCUGAUCAUCUUCGCGCUCUACCUUUUCUGGUGCAACGAGCCAUAGCGGACGAACUCGCCCGCAGCAUCAGAAAUGGGAGGACCAGGCCACGGAAAAGGGGGCAACGCUCCCCAAGCGGCACUGCGAGACGGUGUUCCUACUUCCGACGAGUCGAUGACCUCGCGGCGUAGCAGUCACAACGGGAACUACCAAAUGCAACGUUACAACUCAACAGCUACCAGAUGCAGCAGUACAACCAGAGCCGCGACAUGACCAACUACCAAGGGGGCAAGAACAAAGGGAACUGGUCCGAGUACGGUGGCGGGAAGAAAGGCCCGUACGGACCCGACUACUACAACACCAAUCGCCGUCAGUGGAGCGACGACGAAUGGGCGCGCUGGUGCGAGUCGUGGCGCGACUUCAAGAAAAACGUGCACGCCGGCGUCAAGGACUGGAUGGGAAGGACGCAAAAUGCGGAACAGGCAGCAGUAAGUGCUGCGAGUGCUGCCGGAGCGGCAGCGACAAACUCCAUCCAGGCACAACAAGCGGCGCACGCGCUCAAGGAAGUGCACGACUCUGAACUCCGUCGCGCGAAGGAAGAAAUCGACGGAGCCAAUUCCCAACUGAAUGCAGCCAAGGGCGACAUGGCGCAGUUCGGUGGGAAAGUUGACGCCGAAUUGCGCGCGGCAAAACAGGAGGUGGACGAAAUUCGCGACAAUCAGGUCCGGUCGAGCACGCAAAUGGUAGAAAACGUGAGCGGUCUUCUGCAGGCGCAGAACAGCAACACCGGCAACGCGAUGCAGGGGUUGCAAAAUCAGUCCCAGCAGGACUUCCAGGCGAUGCAGGAGUACAUGCGCUCGCAGAUGAGCGAAGGAAAUGGAAAAUCGGUACGUGCAGUUGCUCCAGACUGCCACCACCACGGCCGACCAGGCUGUGGCGGCCCUCGAGAAGGAGAAAAUCAAAGUCGCCACUGCAGCUGUGCAGCAAACGACGACAACACAGCGCUUCAAUAUCAGUUCCACUGGUGCAACGGUCCGUGACUACAACGUCGUCGAUGGCGAGGGUGAUGAUGACGUCAAGACGCGGAGCCGCGCUGCAUCAGUGGCGAGUUCGCUCGGCCACAAAAUCAGGAACGAAAAGAAGUACUACGUAGAAGAAGAUGCCGAGGGUUAUGGAGAAAAUGAGUUCCUGCCCGGACUGCACCCCAAGGAAGCAGAGCGUGCAGCGCAGGCGGCGGGGCGGUCCACCGCUGCUGCAAUCGCCCAGCAAGAACUCGAAGAGAUUCUGCGGGCUCAGGCGGAAGCUCUGACAAAGAACCAGAAGAAGAAGUUGCAGAAGAAGAAGAGCAGGAAGAAGCAAGCAACCGCUGCGCCACCUGGUGACGACGACGAUGGCGAUGGCAGUUCUUCUUCCUCCUCGUCUUCAUCUGAAUCCGAUUCUUCAUCGGAGGAGGCAUCGGCGAGUGAAAACAAUGAUGGCGACGACAUCAAGCCGCGGCGCAAGAACCGCACCGCAAAGGAAUGCGAGCAAAUGCACAACAACCAGCCUAACAUGGUAGGCGGCCAUGCCGGAGGUGGAGGCGGAAACAAUAACAACUCCGGCGGAAAUGGCGGUGCUGGCGGAAAUGACGGUGACGACGGACGCGACAAUGCCGGGAACAAGGCGCGCGGGAAAGGCAUUUUGAAGGAAGAGCGAGUCGAGGUGAAACGUCUGAACCUCGAUGCGGAAAGACCAUCCACCAACAUGGCGCCCGAGGCGGGGAAAAUCAACGGGAUCGGCCCCCAGUAGUCAGAAAAGCAAAAAAAUCACAAAAGCCGGAAAAUUUUCGCGCUUUUAAGUUUUCGCAGGGUUUUUGCAGUUCUUGCAGCCGCUCGCUGGUGCGUUUUCUUUUUCUGGUUGUGUGUCUUGGGUUUGUGGGUUGGGCGGGAAAAGCAGGCUUGGGCGCAAGGGAUUGGAGUGGGGCCGGCAGAGGGAGCCCAUGUUGCCGGUGUGUGCUUCGGGAUGGGAGAGGGAUGCUGGGUGGGAAAUUUUUGGGUGGGCGCGUGGCCAAUUAAUUCUGCGACAAAAAAUCGCCUGUGUUGCGACAAAAAGUCUGAAAUAAUUAAAAAAAAUCGGCUUUCGGCCGUGGUUUUUUUUUUCUUAGGGAUUUCAGGAAGAACCCGAAAAAUGUCGCACCCGUGUCGCACCGGUGUCGCACCCGUGUCGCACUCAUGUCGCAAAGAAAGCAAUUUUUUGGCGCAAAUUUAUUCGUUGUUUUUCUUUUUUUUCGGUGAAGUUGUGUUUGCCCGAACAAAAGUUGCGUGCUCGAUUUCAUGUGGCGCAGUUCUUCGAAAACCCCGGAGCCCACAGGCCCGCAGCCUGUUGACAAAGCCCCGGCGUUAUUUUAGGGCCUACAGAUUUCCUAUCGAGCGAGCCCCGGCGGAGUGGUUUGGCACAAUAGGGCGGCAGUGCAAAAAUUUUUUUUUUCGUUUUUCUUUUGGGAUUCAUGAUUUUUUUAUUUCCGGGCCCAUUGGGGCCCGAUCCCGUUGAGGAAAAUUGGCUUGGUGAUGAACGCGGAUGGUAUCCUCGUGGGAACAAUCGGAGAAUUCGACGCGCCGCUGGAGUCGACGCACAUCGCCGCAGGAAAAGCCCUCUCCUCAGCGCAGAAAACGAAGAUCGAUUUUCGCCAGUGCGUCGCAUCCGGACCGCCGAAAUUCAACGCCGGCCAACAUGAAGUUAUCCAGUUGGAAGAUGGAACUCGAAAUGCACUUAAAGGGGUGCAUCGAUACCGAUCGGGCGGUAGCUUUCAGCGCGGAAACCGUGUUGGUGCGGAAGCACUGGAUGGAGGCUCACACGGCCGACCAGCAGACGGACAUCCUGGCGCUCGGUUACAUCGAUCGGGACAAGCUGAAUUCGUACACCGUUUUGAACUACUUCACCUCUCUGGCCGAGCUGUGCGGUCAGAUGGCGUCGGACAUCAGCGACCGGUUGGAGAACUGGUCUAUCCAGGAGGGCGACUGGAACAAGAAGGGCGCGAGCUUGUGGCUGGAACUGGCAAAAUUCCGCCGUGCCGCACUCGCCACGGGGAUCACGAUUAACCCACGCAACGAAGUGGACCAACUGCGGCUCCUCGCAGAAUUUCGUGAUCGCAUCGGCGUCGACGAAUCCUUUUUGCGCGAUGUGAUGAUGUUCUCGACGAAAAAGAUGAAGAAGAAGAAGCGCAUGAGGAUGACCCGCGCGUGGCCGUAUUUCAAGGAAAUUAUGGCGUGCGUCAGCAUGGGCCGCAACAUUAAGACGAGCACGGCAGUAAUCAACUACCGCAGCAAGAGCAAGAGCGCGAAUGCCUUCUCCUUCCACAUCAAUCACCUCGGGUUAACCGGAUGCGGCUGUGCCAACGGCUGCGAGACCGCCGAAGAAGUGAUCACGUGCGAGGAAAUCCACGAAGCGCAGGUGAUGGCGGCUGCCUUUGCCAAGUUUGGCGAUAAGAUUCAGCCCGCAAAGGGGGAUAUCGUCUGCUGGGGCUGUGGCAAGGUGGGCCACAAAAAGGCAGAGUGUACCUUCAACAAGCCCGGAAUUCACAGUGCCCGGACGUGCACGACGUGCAAGAGUCCGUCGCAUGACCGCGACAACUGUCCCGUCUACUCCGUGCGCAUCAAGGCCGCGCAGUUCUUUCGCAAGUUCAAGCGGAACUCCCGAAAGGGGGGCAAGAGUAAGAAGAAAGGUGCUGGGAAGCGGCGCGGAAUUAAAAAAUUUUUCGCGAGCAUUCAGUUUGUCGAUACCGACGGGGUCAUCCAACACACCAUGGGCAUCGACCUGCCGGAUAUGGAUGAGGAAUUCUGGCUCGGAGAGUACACUACUGCGGAUAGCGGGAACACAAACAACAAUACCACCCAGGGGCCAGCAAUCAACAAUGCAGCCUUACCGGCAAUCCCGGCGUCCAGUACGACCACCACCGCUGCGGGCAGCGAAGCCGACGCACCGGUCGGUACGGAGGCGGAAGCGACCGAGGAGUACGAGUACGAUGAGGAUGGUCUGUACCUCGGCCAGGAUAUCCGGGACGGCCCGUAGAGCAGUCGGACUGCGUGGCCGAAGUGAAAAGUGAAAGGCCACCGACUAAAAGCGAACGCUUUGUGAAAAGUGUUAUCGACAAGAAAUUGAUCGACAGGAAGAGAACUACCAGACCGAAGGAAUACCAUCUCUGCCGACGGAACCCGAAUCCAAGAAGCGACAAACUUGAUCGGGAUUCCUACGUGAAACAACCAGAAAGCAUUUGUGUAAAAGGAAAAUCAGCAGAACAACUUCAAGCAAUUAUCCAGAGCGUCUUGGUCUCGCUCGUGGACUUGAAGGUAAUGCGGGCCAGCAUGAAAGAUAUUACAAGACUUUUGAUUGAUAGCGGCUUUAGCCGGCUGCUGUUCAUGGGGGUUGUCGCUCUCGAGGAGCAUCACCGGUACUGCCUGCAGCACGGCAUCAAGCUGGAGUUCACCAUCGUGCCGCUUGAUGCAUCUACCGCAGGAGGUUCAACAAAAGUACUCGGGAUCGCGGAAGUAAUUGUAGCACUACCGCACGGCUGUCCGGUGCCGGCCGGGCUGGUGCACUGUAUCGUCGUAGACGACCGCGAUUGGGCGCAACCCGCCACGAACCUGAUCGGACUGCAGUUUAUGAAACAGUUCAAGCUCGGUAUUGACCCGGACAAGACGACUGCAAGGCGCGGAACGUGGAGCACCAGCCCGGAAGAUUUUCAGCUUCUGAUGGACAUUUUCGAAGAACUUACGCCUUCUUUCCUCGGCGAUGUACGAAAACAGAUAGAACAAGGCUUCGCAACAGCCGCCAGCGUCAUGCGCGCUGCGCGCAAAAGAACAGUCUCUACCUAUAACGUAUCUUUUCCGCACCCAGACAAUACGAGAACUUUCCCCACGCUGCUGGAAUCCGAGGUGGUUGGAGAACGACCAGUGGCAACUCGUAUUUACAGUAAUUCAACAUCCUCAUCUUCCUUUUCUGUCCCGGCGAACAACAGCGCACCGGUGGAGCGAAUCGCCAUCGGAAAUUCGGGGCGAAAUCAGAGCGGUGUUGAUUUCGACGUUGCGAAAGUGUAUGCGUGCGCGCGGAUCUUUGUGGGCGCGACGCACGCUCCGAAACCACAAGGAGCUGAUAUCAGAGCAAAAACAAGAAUAAUUCACGACCUCGACGAGAUUCGGGACAAGAUCUCAAUUCUGAACGACUUCACAAAUCAGAGUGCGAAUGUGAUAAGUUCCCCACUACCACUACGGGGACAGACGCACAGAAACAUUGUAGCAGUAUUUUUCUUCGAGCAACAAGUCCGCGGCAGCGAACGGGUGCAGGAUCGAACAGGAUUCGGUAUCCCCGUCGUGUCGCGCUACACCAACAACGGAAAGAUAAAGCCGUGGAAGCGAGCAACCGAGUCCAUUACGGCGCUUCUCGGGAGAAGAGUAGCUUCUGCCGAUAGCGGCAAACGCGUCGCAUUGCAGCUACGGGGACGGACGCUGCAGUUUCCGGCACCGAAGAGCAUCCAGUCGGUGUUCGAAUAAGGUGAAGCCGGUCUCUCGAUGCGGGCGCAAAACAUCAUCAAGGAGAUGCCAGAGUGCCAAGAUCUCUUCGAAAGGAGCAAGCGGCUCUUGAUGAAAUACCGUGCGGGAUGCGCUCUUUUCACUGGAAACGGUCGACAAGGUGCAGUCGCCGUUGCCGAGCUGGUAGGCGAACAGCUGCGACUGCGAUCGGAGAAAAGAGCGGCACGCAUGAGUUUGGUGUCGCUGCUGGCGGCUAACGGCGAGCGGCCCACGUCGGACGGACGGGUCACACGCUUCGGGUAUGGACUUGUCUCUCCGGCACAAGACAUGUACGAUGGCAAAAGUGUCACGAUGCCGUUCGACCCACGCCGAAACCUGACGCGACGACAGGCUGAGGUCUACGCGUACUUGCGCGCAAUGACGAUGCGGCACGCAGGGAAGCUGGGCGUAAAGCUGAUGACUAAACUCGCGAAAGGGAAAUUCCGGAGCAUUCCGCUCCGCGACCUGCGCACGGCGGUGGGCGCGGCCAUGAGAAAGAGCUUCUCGAAUGUCAGGCACACCACCUGGCCAGCCGAGCGGGCCGUGGGGUCUUGGUCCACCAUCGACAUAACAGCUGUAAGCAUGUUAGAUACGACGUUUGUGUCGGGCGACAUGCUGACUCAGCCAAAUACGGUCGCACAGCUGUUGCGAAAGAUCAGUGGUGAUAUCUGGCUCGACUUCAUCGGGCCGAAGUGGAUCACGCUGGCAGAAUGUGCGAACUACGCCGACGGACCCGCACCCGUCGACGGCGACGGAAAACUUCUUCCAAUCGGAGCAAAGUCCAAGGCCGAAAGCGACGAGCUGCUCGCAUUAAACGCGCCGAAAGAUCAAGAGAAGGAGUUGAGCACGGGCCAGCCAACUUCCGACGCGAUAUGCAAGUUCGUGAGCGAGAACCUCGACAACAUCGGAAGAAUACUGAUUCUCGACCCGGGAUCCGAGAACAUCAGCGAAAACCUGGCGACGCUUCUUCUCGCCGCGGGGAUCCGGGUGCGGAUCAUCUCCGGAAACUCCGCCACAGCAAUGGCGGAUGUGGAGGUCUCGCAUCUCCACUUGAAAACAAACCUGCAUGCAGCAAUGAGACGCCCUCUCCGGAGGGACCUUCCGCUUUCCGUGCUUCUCCGUCUUCUUGCUCAUGCUCGCCGGGAACGAAAAGUGAUGCCCUCUUACCUGGAGAAGGGCGAGGAAUGGCGCCUCGCACAGAAAGGUGACCUGCCAGAAGACUCGGCCAUUCGCUUCUGGAGUCUCGAGGACGCGCGGAUUAGUAAAAUUCAGCGGGCAGAAAAUCGCAUUGCAGCCAGGAUUGCAGUUUUGGAAACAUUCCUCGACCCGGAGCUUCGCAAGGAACUCGCACUGCUAUGCCGGCGCCUGACGGAGGAUGGGCGCGGACCAGAAGCAGUAAUCGGUGAUCUUGUCGAGUGGAAAACCAAGGGUGAGAAGUGGGCUCCGGGCCACCUGGAGCAGGCGCCCGAAGGAGCAACGAUAUGGGGCGUGCUACCGUUGUCGGCCACGUCAGCAGUUCAGAAAAUCCCGAAGAAGAAAGUGCAGAAGGUGAUCGACCACGAGCUUGCGCUGGCACUACCCGACACGGUGGAAAUGUACAUGUCGGACGUACCGAAACUACCACAGAUUCUUGCGCAGAUUCGCCACAAGGGGUACUUUGAUCGCGUCGACCGCGAGGAAAACUUCGGGCUCGUCGCCAAGGAAGACUUCACCGGCGCACGGAUCAACGAGAGGCGCCUGAUGCCGUGCGUUGACUGCGCCGAAAUGCGGUACGUGGAAAAGAACUUCCCCGGCGAGGUCUGCAGAUGCGUGAACUUGUUUCCGCAUGUCUACUGUGGCGAUGAGAGCGACGAUAAGCUCUGCACCGCCGGGAUGUGGCUGCCAGAAAAACGUCUGCGGAAGGACCUGAAGAAGACGAGGCCGGAUUUCUUCUAUGAAAGCAAGGACGAAAAGACGAGCCGCAACGAGGAGCGGCUGGAACAGGAGAAGAUCAAGAAGACAGUAAAGCUCGAUCUUCAGGAGGCGUCGCCAAAACCAAAAACAACAAACGAAGAGGAUAAGCUGCUACAGGACGACUUGUGCAGUAGUGAAGAGGACGGCGAGAAGUCUGAUUCGGAACAAGAAGUAGCAAUUGAAGAAAAAGAUGAUGAAGACGGCCUAGCAGCUGACGUAGAUGACAACGAGCUGCGCGAGGACGAGAACAAGGAGGAAGCGGGAAAUUUCCUCAAGGAAGAGGACGACUUCGACGAUCUCGACGCGCCGCCAGGGAUAAAUCUUGUUGAUUUGUCUUUGGACGACUUCAACGCCGUGAUGGACAUUUUGGAGGUCCAGUCCUACAAUUUGAAGCUCGAGUCACAGCAGCAGGGCGAGAAGAAAUUCGGAGGGCUCAACGUCCUCGACCACACCAAGUGGGAUGCCGGACAGAGCCAAGUGCUGGGUCUGCCGCUGAACAAACCUAGCAUGGCCUUGCGCGAAGUGGUGCGCAAGAUGAAAGGGGACCGCGCUAAGUGUAUCAACGUGGAGACCAGCGAGUGGAUAACCGUGAAAAACAUGUUGAGCGACAAGCCCGCGAAAGAAGGGUGGGCCGCCCCCUGCAAUCUGAUCGAGGGGAUGACGCUGGUUUGGGAAAAGCACCACGCAGAGCGGCUGCACCCGAAGAACGCGGCGUCAAAGAAUCGCACCUGUGUAAAAUACUACCUCAGCGAGGGUGUGACCGACGACGGCGGGUACUUCUUCUCGUCUGAGAUGCGUGAACAAACCGUGGGUGCCGUCCGUUUCGAGUUUUACGACAGCUUCGGGAAAGAAGACGGACGAGCAGAGCACUGCGUCAUCAGUGAUCAUCACUCCGGUAUGACGGCGGCGCAACGUAAGCGGCUACGCAGCGCGCGAAAGAUGGCCGAUGUGACGCCAUAUUCUGUUCUGAGCGAGCUGCUGCGCGUCGUCGAAACCAAGAUGGCUCUGACCAAGGAGAUUGAAGGUCAGAUGGUGACGAAGAAGGGCAAGGAGUUGCCGAACGUGGUGAAGGCACUCAAGGGCGACGAGGAGCUAUCGGGCAAGCAGAGACUUCUGCUCACGUCGCGUUUUAUCUUGGACGCGAAGUACCUCUCGGAGUACUACUGGCAAUUGAAAUGCCGGUGGGCUCCGGGAGGGCAUCUCCAAGAGAGACCGGCCGAAAUGGCCGAGAACGCGAGUCCCACACUCUCGGAGUUGGGCUUACGUCUGACGUCGGUCGUCGCGGGGAAAUGGAAACGCACUGUGGGCAUCGUUUUUGAUGUGCCGCGUGUUUUUCAAGAAAGCCGGGAGUACACAGAGCAAGAGAUGCCGCGGAUGAAGUUCCCGAAGGUACAAGGGCGGUUUGCCGAGGCGCUGGACGGGGCUUUGGCCAUCAUCAACCAGAAGCACCAGUUGGGGAUCUGUGCGAGCUCUGUUCUGAAGAUCAGGGUUCCACAGUAUGGCCUCCUCGACGCGGCCUACUGUUUUUUCAAGAAGGCCCGGGAGGAAUUCGUCCAACAAGGAACUCCACCUUCCGCACUCGCUCCGUGCGUGUAUCGGUUGCGGAUAGAAGGACGAGUGGUAGCGGUUUUCGGAUCCCAUGUGGAUGAUUUCUUGGUGUUGGCGGACGGGUCUGUGCCAGGCAUCAUCGACGUGAUCAAGUCCCGCAUGAAGAAAGCAUUCGCCAGUUUAGAGGACAGUAGUUUUGAGGAAAUUACUUCCGAAUGGACGAACUUCACGGGGAAAAGUAUCCGAAUCGUUACGGUGGACGGCCACCAAGCGCUCGACCUGUCCAUGCGCCGAAAGAUCGACGAAUUGGGUGAAUUCGAAGCCGAUGCAACAAUAAAUGGUGGUCGUGCAGAUCCCGCAGCUCGCCUCUCACCAACGGAAGUAACCCGUCUUCGCGGCGUCCGCGGGAGUACGGGCUACGUCGCGGAGCGUCUUUGCGAGUUUCUAUAUUCGCAACGUGCUCUUGCUUCUGGACCCGACGAGCUGCGCACAAUUGCAAAUGCAAACAGAAUAAACACGAUGGCGCAAGACAUGAAGCGGGUCCGGGAACAGGACAAGGCCUUCGUGCGGUUGUGGUUAAAUUUCUCGGACCCGUGUUUCCUGCUCAUCACCGAUGGCAGUUUUCAAUCGAAGCCCGUAAAGAAGCAGAAAUCGGGUGAGAAAGAAAAGCUGGGCCGCGGCAUGGCGGAAUACAUGACCGCGGAUGACCCACGACUGGCAGAAGCAAAGGAACUGCAGUUGCGUCCGAUGACGGCGUUCAUCUUGCUGGUGACCGACAAGCAGGAGCUCGCCGCGUCCAUCAAAGAGACCAGACCGCUCCGGUCCUCGGUGCUGCACUGGGACUGCCACGUCCACGACACGGCCGUAGACGGGAGCUACGGCGCGGAAGCACUCGGUUACGACCGGGGAACGCAGCACACCGAGAGCGUAAAGCUCCGAUUGGCUGAGAUGGAGAUGCCAACUCCGUACGGGAUUUUGGCGGACGAAAUGAUAAAAGCAGCAGAAGGUUUCGAGCAACGCGACUUCAUCGACAACAGUUCGGUGAUAGCACGCCUUCUGUCACGGUCUACUACAAUGGAGCCGGGCCAUUGUGUUUUUCGUGCUAUAGCACGCGCCCGCCAGCUCCACCGAAAGACAAAGAGGAAUUUGUUCCAUAUUUCGGAUCCAUCCAAUUUGGUGGAUUGUCUGACGAAGUGGUGGACAGCGGUCAACGACAAGAGGUGCCGACUCCGGGAGCUCAUGAACGGAGCAUGGGUGUGGCCGUCGGGACCCGGCGACCGCCGCGGGGAUGCCGUCGGGGUACUAAGAAAGCUGGACAAAGAAGACGCACAGUGGAGCGGUAACGACGACGAGAAAGUGGCGCCAGCAGACACGGCGUGAGACGAGCGCAGCACCCCGGUCCGUGUUCAUCAUCCUUCCAGCACAACGCUUUUGUCUCUUUUUGUAAUUUUUGAAAGUAGCAGUCUUGUAAAAGAAAAGCAGUAACAGUUUUGUUCGAAAAAUAAAGAGUAAAUGAACAACGAAAAAGCCAGUACGCAGCACAGAUCCAAAAGUAGUAAAGUAAGUUGAGAAAGAGGCACGACAACAGAUCAAGAGCCUAUCAAUCAAGAGACAUUUUCUAUUGAUCUCUAUGAUGACACUAGCACUAGAGUGCUUUGAUUCAGUUUUGCAACGCAGAAGUAACAUUUCAGGUUUUGUUGACAGCAGACCACUCAGCAAGAAAGAUUUCUGAGAAUAUAUAAAUUUUCUGUGACAGCGGAAACGAAACUCAACGAGAGUAAGACGAGAAAGCUAGAUCCGACGACCCUUUAGCAGAGACGAGAACGAGCUCACAUUUGUAAGAUUUUUUAUAGACAAUUUUCCAAUUUUCUGAUUCCUUCGUCGCGGAUAUUUUUGAAAAAGUUAGAAAGACAAAACUUCCAUCAGUGUAAAGUGUAAAUAAAGUUAGGAAGUAAGAGCGUGGAGCUAGUAUUUGCGUACAAGCAAGACCAGCAGACGAGAUGCCAGCCAGGAAUCCGCUCACCGAAAAGAAGGAGUGCCCGAAGUGUGGGUUGUUUCCUAUGACCCACGUGUCGGACUGCGAGAAGCUCAUGGAGCGCCGGCGGAAGAAACUCUAUUUGGUUUUGGGACGGCUCGGCGGAAAGCGUGUUUCCGGGCCUGCUCCGCUAGUAAUUCCGCGGACCUGGUUUUCGGCGUGCAACAGUAUCAAGCGCCGGUACCUACCCCACCUCCUCUGCGUCCCGACCUUCGAAUUGGAAUAUCAGUACCAAGUGACCACUUUCCUGCCCAUGGGUCGUUACCAACGAAGCGCGGCGUACGAAGAGCUGAGCGGAAUGAUGCUGGGGUACUGUGGAAUGCUCCGGAUGGAUCAGCCGGAACUCUUCGCGGUGAUCGAGGACAUCACGUUGCACAAAUCGCACAGCUACGCCGACUUCGCCAGGAUGUGCGCGUGCGUGGUGCACCACAUGCAAACUUUGUGUCCUGUCGGAGGGCGCUCGUUCAUCAGGAUGGAAUUUUGCGAGGAAGAAUUGACGCUGUUGGAGUUGCAGCGAUUCUUUGUUUAUUACGCGACUGUGGAGGAUCGCCGCGAACUCAAGAACAUGCUCGAGUACCCCGUGUGCGAGAAGUAUUCGGAGGGCGCGGUCGACCUGCAGCAUGCGACCAGUGGUAGCUACUUCAUCCUCGCCGACGAGGAGUAGUCCGGAACGGAGAACGAAAAAGCAAGGAUAAAUAAGUGACACAAUACUGAAGAAGAAAUAGAUUAGACUAGAACCAAUACUCAAAGGCGGAGCACAGUCAACUCCUAUACCCCGGGGAGCUGUUAAUUCCACAACGGGAAUUCGGUUUCGUAUCGUGUGUUGACUGUGCUCGUAGAGCAACAAAGUAGUUAUAUCGUUAGAUAGGGUCGUAGCUACGUGAAAAGGGUCUAGCUAAUCUCAUGAUGACGCAAAUCAGCCGAGGACUCUCCUGAACUAAUUCUGCCUGUGCUUGGCUCAAGCCCUGUGCUUGUUGCCUUAUCUGCUAGCACAGUGAGCCUUUUUGUUUGAGAGUGCGGCGCACUCUGUCGCUGGUGAUGUUCCUGGUGUUCUCAUGCGAUGCACGAUCCACAGAUACGGAACCAUGUCGGUUUUCUGUUUCAUCAUGCAGAAGCUGCAUUUAAUAUGCCAGCACUUGUGUUGCUGCUUAGUGAAGACGGCGCCCUUCAAAUGAGAGGGGAGAGUUGUGCACUCUCAUACGAGGUCCAAAACACCGGAGACUGGCAAGACGGGUGGUGCAAGGGUAAGGCCGCCGGAGAGGAGUGUCCGACCACGGCGGAGGAGACCUGCGAGCUCGUCCAGUACGGCGCCGGAGGAGAGGGGCUCGCCCGCUUCACCCAGGAGGAUGACCACCCCGAGUUUGGCACGGCUACCAUCAAUUGUAACGGCAAGGUCGGCCAGUACGUGAUCCUCGAGUGGCCCGGGGGGAUUGCUGAUGGUGUGUCGAAGAAACGAUGUGGGCAGGUCAGCGAACUGAGGGUAUUCGGUGCCGAGUACAUCGAAUCGCCCGAGAAGGAAGGCGAAUCCGCGGCCAAAAGUGCCACGGUUGAUGAGAGCGCCGCAACGACCAGGAUCGCCAGGCCUUCCUUCAUUUUCCUUGCGGCAACUACAAUGGCGAUGGUGCUGGCCACGAACUUCUGCGCUGUGUGGUUUGGUCUGUGA